AUGGCUGAAGCACUAGGUGUUGUCGCCAGCGCGAUUGCGGUCAUCCAGAUCUCCAAGGAAGUAAUUAACGCGUGCAAAUUCUACAUUGAAGCACUACGCUCCGAUGCACCUACCAGCUUACGCACCAUUUUGAUUGAAGUGUCCACACUCAAGUCCGUUCUUGAGAACCUGGAGUUCAUAUCGAGAUGCGAAACCUUCACAACCACCUUGCAAAACGGACUAGCAGCUUCUGAUGGUCCUAUCGAGGGCUGUAGGGUCGCAAUGGUAGCGCUAGAGAAGCUGUUUCCGAAACAAUCACUCCACAACGGACAGAACGCUUCAAAACGGCAGAAAGUCCAAGCAACAUUUGCAACAUUGGCAUGGCCUCUGAAGCAGGGCCAGGUACAGGACCUUCUCCAGCAGAUCAGCCGUCAUAAAGAGAAUAUCAAGCUCGCUCUGACGACAGAGGUCACGAAGGAUAUAAAAGAUAUCAAAGCAGCUUCUGGAGAGAUCCGCUCCAUCUUGACAGAGGAGCAACGCUAUAGAGUGUGCAACUGGCUCACAUCAACCGAUCCCUCACCAAUUCACAAUCGAUCGCGCAAACUAUAUGAAGAUGGAACUGGAAGCUGGAUGCUUCGCUCACAGCACUGGGCUGGCUGGCUGGCUUCGAGUACUCGAUGUCUUUGGGUCCACAGUAUCCCAGGUUCUGGCAAGACCAGGGUUUCAACAAGAAAAUCGCCUUGCGUGAAUGUUUACUACUACUGUUACUUCGGCCAUCAUCAAGACGAGUCCGCCCCGUUUCUUAGAUGGGUCAUCACUCAGCUCUCACGCCAGGCAGACGUGUUUUCGACUUUAACACAUGAUCUUUACAGACGAGGUGGAGAACCGAGCACUCCUGAACUUCUUGAUACGCUAGAACAGAUUCUCCAAGUGUUUAGCAGAGUGUACAUUGUGAUUGAUGCUGUGGAUGAGAGCGACCCUCGUGAAGAACUCCUUGAGGUCAUUCAGACUCUCGUUACCGACCAAAGGCUUUGCAAUAUUCAGAUCCUUGUGACGAGUCGCGAGUACAUCGAUAUUGAGCGAGUGAUGGAGAACGUAUCCGUUUCAGUCCCAAUGGCAAAUGAAUUAGUCGAACAGGAUAUUCGUCUCCAUGUUCAGUCAAUCCUACGAUCAAACCGAAAGUUUCGAUGCUGGCCCAAUGAUCUUCUCGUUGAGGCUGAAAAUGCUAUUAGUACCAAGGCGAAGGGAAUGUAA